AUGGCGGAGUAUGUUGCUUCUAAAGGAGGCGGGGUGGUUCAGCCCCCGAAGAAGCAGGGAGCGACCGCUGGGAGGGGGCGCAAGGCCGCCCCCAAGCCGAAGCCCGCCGGCAGGAGUCAGCCGGCACCAAAGCCCACGCCCCUUCUGGAUGAGGGGAAGAAAAAGGAGUCCCCCCUCGAGGCGAAGAUGCGGGGUAUCCAAGAGGAGACCCGCCUCGCCGCCGAGGGGGAAACUUGGUCCAUUGUUGUGGGCCGUAAGGCCAAAAGGGACCUGAGGAAGGAGGGGGUUUCUGGUAGCCGAGUGGUGCUGCAGCAGGGGGCGAAGGCGCCCCCCAAGAAGGCAGCUGCCCCUACCCCUCCCCCGACAAAGAAGAGGGUUGCCAGGCCGCCUAAAACAGCGGCCGUCACCUUGAUCUUGGCCUCUGAGGCCAAGACUACGUACGCCGAGGGGAUGGCCACCGCCCGCGACAAGGUCGAUCUCAAGACAAUCGGGAUCACCGUGAUUCGGCCUCGGCGGGCGGUCACUGGUGGCCUGGUGCUCGAAAUACCGGGCGAACAGCGCAUGGGGAGGCCUUCAGGAGGUAUGCGGGGGCACCGAGGUCCGGGUGUCUCGCCCCAUGAAAAUGGGCGAGAUGAGGAUUUCGGGCCUCGACGACUCGGUGUCCCCAAUGGAGGUUGCGGCAGCCUUGGCCGCUGUGGGGGGUUGUGCCCCAGUCGUUGUUAA